AUGGAUCUUGGGCGUGUGGAAGAGUUGGGGAAGGCGGUAUCAUUGCACUACACAAUUCCGACUAUACAUGUGACUGGUACCAACGGCAAGGGGAGUGUGGUGUCAUUGAUUUCAUCUAUGCUUAUGGCGACCGGAUUAAGCGUUGGAAGUUACACUUCUCCUUACCUUGUCUGUCCUCGGGAUGCCGUCCGUGUGGAUGGUAGCCUGGUCGGAGUCGCAGUGUAUGAAGACGUCUUCCGUCAUGUACAGAGACAAAGCCGCUUGGUUUGCAAACGACUAAGUCGAAAAAGCCCGCUGGGGAAGUGUACACUCGUAAACGCGGAAGCCGGAAGAGAAAAAAAUGAUGGAGGAGGAGGCCGUGGGGAUGGACCCGACGUCAACGAUAAUGGGGUACGAGAAGGCAACGGGGCAAGAGAAGACAACGGGGUGCGACAAGACAACGGGGUACGAGAAAACAACGGGGUGCGACAAGACAAGGGCGUGCGACAAGACAAGGGCGUGCGAGGAGACAGGGUGUGUGCAGACAGAGAGUAUGAUACAGACAGAAAGUCUGACGUAAAGUAUAGUGCAGAGCGUAAAUAUAGCGAGGCAGAGCGUAAGUAUAGCGAGGCAGAGCGUAAGUAUAGCGAGGCAGAGCGUAAGUAUAGCGAGGCAGAGCGUAAGUAUAGCGAGGCAGAGCGUAAGUAUAGCGAGGCAGAGCGUA